AUGCGUCGAAGGUAUCUUGAUGCUAUAGCUUUAGUACAAAAAUAUGGAAAACCUGAUCUUUUCAUCACUAUGACAUGCAAUCCAGACUGGGUUGAGAUACAAGAAGAAUUAAAACAAGGACAAGUUCCACAAGAUAGACCAGAUCUUACAGCUAGGAUAUUUCGAGCAAAGUUACAUGAUCUAAAAGAUCAAUUAUUCAAGAAAGGGAUCCUUGGUAAAGUGGCUGCACACGUACAUGUUGUUGAAUUUCAAAAAAGGGGGCUUCCACAUGCACACAUACUGAUAAUUAUGCACAAGGACUUCAAGAUAACAAAUGCUGAUGUUUUUGAUAAAUUUGUAUGUGCAGAAAUUCCAGAUUUUAAUGAAGAUCCAGUUUUAUAUGAGAAAGUUAUGAAACAUAUGAUGCACGGACCCUGUGGAGAUUUGAAUAAACUAAAUGCUUGUAUGAGGAAUGGAGUGUGUAAGAGUCGAUAUCCUCGUUCAUUUAUUGAAAAUACCAUGCAAGGUAAAGAUUCUUACCCUAUUUAUAGACGAAGAAAUACUGGAAUACAAGUUAAGGCAGUAAAGUACCUAUACAAAUAUGUUUAUAAAGGACAUGAUCGUGUGGCUGUUUCUAUAUCACAUGGUAAUGGAGAAUAUUUACUUGAUGAAAUCAAGCAAUACAGAGAUGCAAGAUGGGUGUCAGCACCAGAAGCCAUGUGGAGAAUUUUUUAAUUCAAUUUGAAUGAAAUGUUCCCAUAUGUUAUCAAUUUACAACUGCAUCUACCCAAUAGGCAAAUGAUAUGGUACUGGGAGAAACAAGAUUUGAAAAAUGUCCUUCAUUCAGAUAAUACAUAUAAAACAAUGCUGACUGAGUUUUUUCAAA